UUUCGAGAACUUUAAACGUACAAAUCAAUAAGAUUAAGAAGUGUUUAAACAUGAAGUACAUCCUAUUAGUUCUGUGCACAGUUUUGGCUGUUUUUGCUUUAGCUCAAGCUGAUGAGUGCAAAUUUGAGGGUCAUGUUAUGAAAGUUGGAGAAACAUACUCGCCAACCGGUGAAUGUAUUGAAUAUAGUUGUGUUGGACCCAAUUCCAUAACGGGUAAAACCUGCCCCGAAUUUCAAACAGGUAAAUCCUGCAAACGCAUUGCCGGUGACAGCUCCAAGCCGUAUCCCCAGUGUUGUCCCAAGCCUGAAUGUUAACAUUAAAUGUAUAUUGUCGAUUUUGAAGGAUUUACAUGUAUAAAAAAAAUAAUUUCAAUAAAAAUUCCAAAAAAAAAAUAUUGCAAAAGAAAA